AUGGGCGACGUGAACGCGGGAGACGCGGAGGCGGGCGACGCAAAGGCAAGCGAGGCGGAGGAGGGCGACGCGGAGGGCUCGCGGGGGGAGGUGAAGGGCCAAGACGAGGCGGAGCAGGUGGUGGGCAACGCGGGCAAUGCGAAGGGGGAGGAAGCGCAGAGCAGCGAGGGCGGGCGAUGCGAGCGGAAGGACGACGUGGGCGGGGGAGGUGACGUCAGUGGAGGACAUGACGUGGGCUGGGACGACACUGAGGAGGGCCGCGUGGGCGGAGGAGGUGGGCGGAGGAGGGUGACGCGGAGGGCUCGCGGGAGGAGGCGGAGGCAGAGGAGGUACGCGGACGCGGGCGACAUGGAGGUGGGUGAUGACGCGGAGGUGGCCGACGCGCGUGGAGGAGGGGGGCCGCGGGUGAGGCCGCGGGUGAGGGAGGCGGAGGAGGGUGUGCGGGCGCGGGCACCUGAGGUGUGCAGACGGGCGGCGCGAAGGCGGGCAGAGAACAGCGCGGAGGUGGGCAACGGGGAGGAGGGCAGCGGUGAGGUGGGCCAGGCGGAUGCGGAGAUCGAGGUCAAGGCCGGCGGCAGGCCGGAUGUACGAAGCCGGAGAGGAGAGAACGUCCGGAUGGACGUCCUCGUGCGGUGUGGACCUGUGUGGACGCGGCCGGCAAAGUGGGCGAAGGACGGCAUGGAGGUUGAGGUUGAGGUCGAGGGAGGAGGAUGA